AUGCAUGUCAGAGACAGAGAUAGAGAAACUUCAUCGAUUAUUCCCAAACAAUCAAGGGUUACCUUGUACCAUCUAUGUACAAUCACAACAAAGCUGUCUUGUGCCUCAGAAUCAUUCCUAACAGCAAUAUAUCUACCCUUCCACAGAGUGGAAAACGCACAGAAGCAAGAGCUUAAGAAUUCCACUGCCUACAAUGACGACGACACUCUUUACAGGCAACUUACACCAUCUCCAUCCGCCAGCUACAACAGCUCCGGCGAGUCCAACUCUCCACUCACCACCACUCCGCUUUCAAUGAAGAUAAAAAACCCAAAUGCAGGUGCCCUAACCAAUUUUGAAGUGCUUGAUUUUCUAAGAUCAAGAGGUGCUUCAAAGGACGUUUCGCGGGUUCUUGCUCCUGUAGCAACAUCAGAAUACAAGGUUUAUGAUUAUUUGGUUGACACUCCUGCGUGCAAUCAAACAAGAGAAAAAAUCAUUGAAUUUGUAGAGAGAUGUAAGAAGUACGAUCUUGCAAAAGCUGAGGUUCUUAACAUUAUCAACAUUAGGCCUUCUCAGACUGUCGAGAUUUAUACGAUCAUAGAGGAACUGGAGGCACGUUUUGAAAUGCCGGUCAUUGAAGAGCUAGUAGAAUUGGUUGAAGAGGUGUUGCCACCUCCUCCAGGCCAACAAAAAGCCGAAGGAGGAACUGAUGAGAAUGAAGAAGAACAUGGAGACGGGGAAGAGAACAAUGAGGAAAACGAAGCUGCAGAUGAGGAAGAACCGGAAGCAAGUUGA